AUGCAUUAAGAAUAGUAAGUUGAUAUAUGUUCAAUUGAUAAUGAUGGAGAACGUAAUGCUGUAUGGAACAUGAUGUAUUUUGAGAAAUGGGGCCACUUUCCAUCCAAAAAUUUGUAAUCACUUUAUGAAAAGUUUCUUAAUGAUAAAAAUUUUGGGGUUUUAGUUGAUGAAUUAUUAAAUCAGCUUAGAAAGGCAGGAGAAAAACUUGAUAAUAUAACAUCAUAAGAUAUUUUAAGUGUAACAUCUUAAGCUGGUAAGACAGCAUCUAUUGGAGCAAUUGGGAAAAGUUUAAAUUAUUUAGUUGCUAGGGAAACAGUAAAAGCAUCAAUAGGUGGUGGAGUAACUUAAGGGGGGAAAAGAAUGGCUAUUGUAGCAAUAGAAUAGACUGCUACAAGAGCAGCAGCAUAAGGAGGAGCAGUAGCUUUUAAAGUUUUAGGAUCAUUUGGAGUUGGUAUAGCAUCAGCAGUUGGUGAAUUUGCAGCAGGAACUAUAGCUGAAUAAUUUGGAUUUAAGGAUAAGAGGAUAGAGAAUGCUGCAGCUUUAUUAGGAGCGAUAGGAGCUGGAGCUUUGGCUGGUGCCUUUGUUGGAGGGCCUGUAGGUGCUGCAGCAGGAGCAGGUGUUGGUGCUGUAUCUUUUGCAGUGGGAUAAACAUUUGGAGCUUUAGCAAGAACAGGAUGGGGACCAGCUGAUAAUUGGGUGUAUUAUGAGACUCAUGAUGCUCAUAACAUGUGUUUUGGAAGUUAUGCCUCUGAUGAUAAGAUGUAUUGGAAAACUUAUUGUAAUAAAUAUCCAGACGCAAAUUCUAAAGGAGAUUGUUUUUCAGCAGGUUAAGGAUAAGAUAGAUCAUUUCAGGUAACUGUAUGGGAAGGCAAUACAACCAAGGCUCAUCAUUAAGAAGUUUUCUAUAGGGAUUUGAUUAAGGCAUCUAGGAUCAAUGGAAGAUUAAUCAUAGUUCAUUGUAGAGGAGGCUUCAGCCCUUAUGCUGGUUCCACAGUUAUCACAUAUAAAUCAUGA